AUGAGCGGGGCCGGAGCUAUGGGGUGGAAAGCCUUUUGCCUGGUGACGUGGAGUGGACUCCUCAUUUCCGCUCAGCCUCAGUUGGGAACGAACACCGUCUUCAGGGUCAACAAAGAUGUCCUAAGUAACGCAAUUUCAGGCUCCCUGCAGCAAGAAGACGUCCUUCAGUCCGCCCUGAGAGAAGUCCCCAGAGGCGCCGGUGGCGUUCCCUAUAACGACUUCCACGUCCACGGCCGUCCGGCGCAGACGUCCAACGGGAACCAGCUCGGGGGGAAGUACAGAUAUGGGACCAUCGAAUCCCACAUCAGCCCGGCCCAGCUUGGGGGCAACUACCGCUACGGCGAGAUCCUGGAGGCCGACGGACGCGUCCGUCCCAGGCGGCUGGGGGACUCUUCUGGAGGCCGGGGGACCUACCGGCAGGCCGAGAUUCCGGCCGGGCCGGAACUGCUCCCAGGAGAAAUCCCAAGGGGGGUGUCCACCGGCGCCUUGGGUCCCGGCGGCGUCCUCGGUGCCGGAGGGAUUUUGGCCAACGAGGGCAUCUUGGCGGGGCAAGGAGGCCUGCUCGGAGGCGGGGGGCUCUUGGGGGACGGAGGCCUGCUCGGAGGAGGAGGAGUUCUCGGCGUCCUCGGAGAGGGAGGCCUCCUCAGCACGGUCCAGGGAAUCACGGGGCUGCGGAUCGUGGAGCUGACGCUGCCCAAAGUGUCCGUCAGGCUCUUGCCCGGAAUCGGCGUCUAUCUGAGCCUCUACACCCGCGUGGCCAUUAACGGGAAGAGUCUCGUCGGGUUCCUGGACAUCGCCGUGGAGGUGAACAUCACAGCGAAGGUCCGUCUGACCAUGGAUCGGGCUGGCUACCCCAGGCUGGUCGUUGAGAGAUGUGAUACCCUCCUCGGGGGCAUCAAGGUUAAGCUCCUCAGAGGGCUGCUUCCCAACUUGGUGGACAACCUGGUGAACAGGGUUUUGGCCAACGUCCUCCCGGAUGUGCUCUGCCCCUUGGUGGAUGUGGCCCUGGGCCUCGUCAAUGACCAGCUGGGCCUCGUGAACUCUCUGGUUCCGCUUGGCAUUCUGGGAAGCGUCCAGUACACUGUCUCCAGCCUCCCACUGGUGACCGGAGAGUUCCUGGAGCUGGAUUUAAACACGCUGGUCGGCGAGGCCGGGGGUGGGCUCAUCGACUACCCCCUGGGCGUGCCAGCCACCGUCCCCCAGCCUCCGAUGCCCACCUUGCCACCCAUGGGAGAAUCCACCAAUUCCCAACUGGGAAUUUCGGUCGCCUUCCUGAGUUCCGUCCUGAAGCUGCUCCAGAAGAACGGGGUGUUGAACAUCGACAUCACCGACGGCAUGUUUGAAGAGCUCCCUCCUCUCAGGACGUCCACUCUGGGGGCUCUGAUCCCCAAGGUCUUCCAGCAGUAUCCGGAAUCCCGGCCGCUGACGAUCAAGAUCACGGUCCCCGAGCCCCCGACUGUGACCCUGCAGAAGGACAGGGCUCUGGUGAGAGUGCUAGCCAACGCGGAGGUCGAGGUGGACCAGCCCAACGACGUCGUGACCACCAUUUGCCUCCUGGAUGUGGAGCCCGAACUUCUGGCCACUUUUUCCGUGAAGGAUGAUAAACUGAUGAUCAGCACCAAGCUGGAAAAGACCUCCCUGACCUUGAAGACGUCAAAUGUCGGAAAUUUUGAUGUCUCAAUCAUGGAACUUCUAGUCCGAAAGAUCUUCAAGCUGGCAUUCCUGCCAGCCAUGAAUGCCAUGCUGGGGUCCGGCGUCCCCCUCCCCAAGCUCCUGAACAUCGACUUCACCAACGCCAACAUCGACGUCCUGCAGGACCUCCUCGUGUUGAGUACGUAA